UCUCUUCAGAUAAAUACAAGAGGCGUUCCAGCUGAUUUUGACAAACGAGUAAUAAAUUAUUUUUUGAUUCGGCCUUAAUUCACUUAAAUAAUCUCAUGAUCACUUUGAUUUUUAAAAAAUGAAUUCGAAUUUGUCUGGAGGGCGACUCAAUAUCGCCGCUUUGCAAGAUUUCGCUCGCAGAGAAUUGAUUUCUAUGCUAGAAGAUGGUCCCAAGACACUCGUCUGGGAUGAAGGUCUCAUCGGACCUGUCAGCCUCGUGGCUCCCUAUAAUCUCCUGAAAGAGCAAGAAUUCAAUCAGAUGUUUUCUUUAAGCGAAGGUUCGAUCAGCUCCUCCACAAGUCGGACGGUAAUUUUCCUCACUCGGCCUCUUCCAAAGCUGAUGGACAGCAUUGCUGAACACGUCCACAAUGAGGAACGUAAAGGACAAAGACGAGACUUUCACAUAAUUUUUGUACCUCGGAAAACUUGGCUUUGCGAAACGAGAUUGAAAAACCGAGGCGUUUACGGAAACUUCAAAGGCAACAUCCACGAGUGGGCCUGCGACAUUUACCCUGUGGAUAGUGACGUCAUGUCCAUGGAGCAGCCAGCAGCUUUCAAGGAACUGAUCAUUGAGGAGGAUCCGACUUGCAUCUACAGCGUUGCACAGGGUCUAUCAACUUUGCAGGAGUUAUUCGGUCCCAUUGCAAAGGUGUCCGGUCAGGGAAAAGCAGCCAAGCAGGUUUUAGAUCUGCUCAGAAGGAUUAAAGCUGAGAAAGGCGCUCCAGAAAAGUCUUCUGGAAUUGACCAUUUAAUUGUUCUGGACCGCGGAAUUGAUUUGCUGAGUCCUGUGGCAACCCAGCUAACUUACGAAGGGCUCAUCGAUGAACUUUUCGGAAUUAAUCAAACCAAAGUGAUUAUGCCUGCUGAAAAAUUUGGGCAAGGAGAGGAGCAAGGCAAAAAGACUAUUAUUCUCAACUCCGGAGAGGAGUUAUUUGCAGAAUUAAGAGAUAAAAAUUUCUCUGCUGUUGGAAACGCCCUCAGUCGAAAAGCACGGAUAAUCGCAGCCGAGUUCGAUUCUCGACAUGGGCAAACUGUCCAACAAAUGAAGCAGUUUGUGGCUCGGCUUCCACAGAUGACACUGGCAAAGCAGUCUCUGGCCACUCACACAACUAUAGCUGAGCUGAUCAAGGAAAUCACGGAUUCGUUUCCAUUUAUGGACUCGCUCCUUGUAGAGCAGGAAUUUAUGAAUGGGAUAGACACAGACAAAGCUCAUCCGUUCAUCGAGGACCAAAUAGCUCAAAAAGAGGAUUUAUUGAAAGUGCUUCGACUUAUUUGCAUCCAGAGCAUUACCAACAGUGGCCUUAAACCAAAGGUGCUGGAUUACUACAAACGAGAAAUUGUCCAUGUUUAUGGCUUCGAACAUCUUCUCACUUUGACCAAUCUCGAGAAAGCUGGUCUCUUGAGAUCACAACAAAGUGCCAGGCCAUUUACGGUCCUCCGCAAGACCCUGAGGCUUGUCGUCCAGGACGGCAGCGAGUCAAAUCCAACUGACAUGAGCUACGUCCACUCCGUUUACGCCCCUUUGACAGCAAGACUGGUGCAGCAUCUGGUUUACAAACCAGGAGGGUGGAAGGCAAUCCAAGAUGUGCUCAGUUCAUUGCCAGGACCCACUAUAUUGGAGGAGCCCCUCUGUGAAGUGCAACCCUUGGACAGCUCGAAAGUCAUUGUCGUCUUUUUCGUAGGGGGUUGCACCAUGGCAGAAAUUUCUGCCCUGCGAUUUUUGGCACAGCAAGAAGAAGCUCCAGUUGAGCUUAUUGUGGCAACAACAGCCAUUAUCAAUGGAAACAAUUUCUUAAGAAAUCUCAUGGAAGUCGUCAAAUGAUCGCCAAAAUAAUUAUUAGCAUUCCUAAAUUAAACAUGAAGUCAAAUUAUAUGUAUCACAAAAAGUAAGUUUACUUGACAUUGUUAUGUUUUACGUAAACGUAAGAUUUAUUUUCUAUUUUCACAAUUAAAAAAAGCAUAUUGCCUUGA